AUGGUAAAUGUAAACUUAAAACCAAAAAGCUCUGGAUUUAAAAGGUUUGAACAGAGUUGGGAAAAGAUAAAGUCAUCAUUUUUGAUUUUCGAUGAAGCUAGGUGGAAAUCUAAGACUCUUUUGAAUGAAAUAUAAAUAAUUAGUAUUUUAUAAUGUUUGAAAGAUGAUAAGUUAAUUGCUUUAAAAAGCAAUGAAGCUAUAAGAAUCUUGAGCAUAAAUUUACAAAAAUUAUGGAGUUUUAAAAAGUAUGAAGAUAUGAUGACCUUGGUAAAUCUAAAUAAAUUAGUGGAAACUCCAUAUAUGAAGGAAAUUAUAGUGUAAGUGUUGCCCAACACGAUUCUUAAACCAACUGAGAUUAUUAACAUUAAAUAAACCUUUUUGGAGAAUUUUUCAAAGAUGUUGAUAGAAUUCUUCAUAAGUAAAUACAGAAUUCAGAUGUAUAAAUCGCAACAGAAAAGGCAUCUGUAGGAGUCAAUAAAUGAAGUUAAUGAAAAAUCUGAAGCAGAAAUUUAAGUUGAUUAUGAUGACUUAUAGGAAGUUACUCAUAACGAUUUAUACAACUUGGAAAUUAUUGAUUACCUUUAAAUUGCUUUUGAAGUUUGGAAGAAAAUUUGA